UGAAAGCACGCAGCAAUCAUUCUUGCCUGCCUGCUUUGAUCCGUUUCUUGAUUCCCAGUCCCCCUCUCUCCCUCUUCUCCCAUUCUUCCGCAUCCUCUCCAAUCUUGGGUCUCUUAGGUUGGGAGCAGAAAAUGUCUGGAGGAACGCAGCAGAGCUUGAGGAAGUAUUUGGGUGCCCUCAAAGACACGACCACUGUCAGCUUGGCCAAAGUGAACAGUGAUUACAAGGAACUGGAUAUUGCCAUUGUGAAGGCCACAAAUCAUGUAGAGCGUCCUGCCAAGGAGAAGUACAUACGAGCCAUCUUUUAUGCUAUUUCAGCUGCCAGACCUCGGGCAGAUGUAGCUUACUGCAUUCAUGCUCUUGCUAGGCGUCUUGCAAAGACGCACAAUUGGGCGGUUGCAUUGAAAACCUUGAUUGUUAUACAUCGUGCUCUGAGGGAAGUGGAUCCCACAUUCCGUGAAGAACUCAUUAAUUAUGGGAGAAGUAGAAAUCAUAUGCUGAACUUGGCCCAUUUUAAAGAUGAUUCCAGUGCAUAUGCCUGGGAUUAUUCUGCAUGGGUGCGUACCUAUGCGUUAUAUUUAGAGGAGAGGCUCGAGUGUUUCCAUGUUCUCAAAUAUGACGUAGAGACAGAUCCUCCGAGAACUAAGGAUCUUGAGACUGCUGAGUUGCUUGAACAAUUGCCAUCACUACAACAACUGCAACAUCGUCUACUUGGCUGCCAGCCACAAGGAGCCGCAUGCCAUAAUGUUAUAAUUCAUCUUGCACUUUCUAUGGUUGCUGGGGAGAGUAUUAAGAUUUAUAAUUCCAUUAGUGAUGGUAUAAUUAAUAUGGUUGACAAGUUCUUUGAGAUGCAACGACAUGAUGCAGUAAGGGCACUUGAUAUAUACAGAAGAGCAGGUCAACAGGCAGAAAGAUUGUCAGAAUUUUAUGAAGUAUGUAAAAGCAUGGACAUCAGACGUGGAGAGAAGUUUAUAAAAAUUGAACAGCCUCCUGCAUCAUUUUUAACAGCCAUGGAAGACUAUGUGAGAGACGCUCCACGAGCUUCCACAGUUCGCAAGGAUCAGUCAAGAGACGACAAAGAUGCUGCUUCAAAAGUAGUAUUGGCAAUAGAGUACAAGAAGACCCCUGAAGAGGAAGAAGCACCUCCACCACCCCCUCCACAACCAGAACCAGUUAAAGUGGAAGCCCCCGUAUCUGUAGUAUCAGAACAGACAGAUUUGCUGGGACUAAAUGGUGCAACUCCAGUUGCAUCAGAACUAGAUAACAAGAAUGCUAUGGCACUUGCCAUUGUACCAGUUGAUAAUGUUCCUAGCUCUGCUACCUCCAGUAGUCUGAAUCCAGAGAAUGGAACUACAGGCUGGGAAUUGGCACUUGUAACAACUCCCAGUUCAAAUGAAAGUGCUGUGACUUCAAGUAAAUUGGGUGGAGGAUUUGAUAAGCUCACAUUAGACAGCUUAUACGACGAUGCAGAGAGGAGAGCAAAUCAGAAUGUGAGCUACAACCCGUGGGAGAUGGGUCGGAUGGCAGGUCCAAUGAUGCAACCAGUGGUUCAUGACCCUUUCUAUGCCUCAAAUGCAGUCGCUGCACCUCAUUUUGUGCAGAUGGCAGCAAUGGCCCAGCAACAACAAGCUUUCCUACUCCAGCAGCAGAUGAUGAUGUCUGGUCAGCAGCCUCAGCAGACCCCUUUGAACCCUUUUGGUAAUCCAUAUGCAGAUGUCUCGUAUGCUUCAGGAGUGCCUCUUCAACCAUCCAAUGCAUAUUCUCGCCUCAUCUAGAUGAGAGAGGAGCAUCUUUGUAUUUUGUUCUUCGAUAGGAUUAUUGUUAAUAGUGGUCUACUGCAAUUUUUAAAGAGUAUAUUGUGGUCGAUAGUCUGAUUUGUUUCUAGUGGUGAUUGUAAGAUGUGCUUAUAUAUAUGCAUUUGCUUGCAGUGUGAGGCAAGAAGAACAAGAUUCGAUUUGUUACAGUAGAUUGUAAUAAUGGAUAAUAAGAAAUAUUCUUUUGUGAAUUUUAUGA